AUGGAACCCCCUUUUAUGGACCCCGAGAUCUCAAGAGACAGAUCUCGCAUCGCUGUUUUGGGUGCUGGCUCAGUUGGGUCGGCCAUUGCCCUGUGCUUGAUACUGAACCCAGUGGCAAGCGAAGUCCUCCUGGUGGACCCUAAGGCCGAUUUGAGAGACGCCCAAGUGAAAGAUCUUGGAGACGCAACUACCUACCAUGGCGCCGUAGGUGGUGGUGGGGUGAGAAUUCGAAGCGGCACGCAUCGAGAGGCUGGACAAUGUGAUAUCGUUGUGAUCUCUGCUGGUGCAAAGCAGAGACAAGGCGAGUCACGGACGGACUUACUCGGAAGAAAUUUGGCAAUCUUACGGUCUGCCAUCAAUGACAUGAAGCCAUUUAGGGAAGAGACUGUGAUUCUUCUGGUGGCAAAUCCCGUCGAUGUUUUGACCUACUAUGCCCAGAAAUUCGCAGGUCUUCCUCGGUCACAAGUCAUCGGUAGUGGGACGUUCCUCGAUAGUGCUAGACUGCGAGGGAUUUUGGCCGACAAGAUUGGUGUUGAUGCUGGUAGUGUUGAUGCAUAUGUGCUUGGAGAGCACGGUGAAACUCAAUUGGUUGCCUGGUCAUGCGUGACUAUUGGGGCAGUCCCCAUGGAUCAAUGCCUACCACCAGAUGUCACAAUCGACCGCAAGGCAGUUGCAGCUGAGACCAAGGAUAAGGCUGCCAAAAUCAUCGAAGCCAAAGGAGCGACAGCAUAUGGUAUUGCUGCCUUGACCGCAUCUAUUUGCAAAUCGAUCCUGUUUGAUCAGCGUAAUGUUCGGCCUAUCUCACAUUGGAACGAAGAGCUGGGCUGCUGCUUGAGCUUGCCCGUGGUAUUAGGGCGCAAAGGGAUCGUAAGAACGCUCAAUAUCCCUCUGAACGACGACGAGACGCACUUGUUGAACAUAAGUGCAGGAGCGUUGAAAGGUUUCAUUGAAGAUGCAGAGAAAAGUCAGAAGUCGUGA